CAUCGCCACUACCGGAAGUGGAUGCUCGUUGCACAUUUAUGCUCUUUCUGUAGCUGCUCUGGGUGAUUAGCCGUCAGCGGUACCACAGCCUUCAUCGCAACAUUUUAGAUACCAGGACCAGAUAUGUCUCACACAAUUCUGUUGGUGCAGCCCACCAAGAGACCAGAAGGCAGAACAUAUGCAGACUAUGAGUCUGUCAACGAAUGCAUGGAAGGAGUGUGUAAGAUGUAUGAAGAGCAUUUGAAGAGGAUGAACCCCAACAGUCCCUCCAUCACAUAUGACAUAAGCCAGUUAUUCGACUUUGUUGAUGAUCUCGCUGACCUCAGCUGUCUUGUGUACCGGGCAGACACACAAACCUACCAGCCCUACAACAAAGACUGGAUCAAAGAAAAGAUCUAUGUGCUGCUGAGGCGUCAAGCCCAGCAGGCGGGAAAAUAAGGAGUGUAUUUGAGUUUUUUCUGAUGCUAGUUCCCAACUCUAUCAGAACUAUGCCACAUCACAGGACAAACAUAGAUGUGAUGCUGCUUAGUUCAGAUUUUGUUGAAUGCAUGUCUAUUCAGUCAGUACAUCAAAGCAUAGAGUGAAAAUUUUUUACAUUUUAAAUCGCAUUUUUUGUAACUGGAGUUAGGGACUUGGGAUAUUUAUCAGAAAAGACGGUAAGAUUGGGGGAAAAAAGGGUUUAGGAUUUUUUUUUCAAUCCCUCUCAAUUGAUGUGUUUUCUUGUUUUUUUUUUUUAUUGUGGUUUAAUUGUUCUUUAAUUCAGUGAAGUAUAAAACAUACACAUUUCAGAUUAUGUAGAUGGUUCUGAGUCAUCUUUUAUCCCAACUUUUGUCCUCAGUGCUGUUACAGAUUUUCUUGGCCCUGUCUGUUUUGUGUAUAUAUCCAGUAGUCACCGCUGGAAAACAAUAAAAAUCUUCUCACACAAA